GAGGAAGUACGUCGUCGUAAAAUAAAAGACGAAAAAAGCGAGAAGCAAACGUCCCUUAGUGAAAGAGUAAGUUGAUUUCAAAAUAGACAAUUCGGAAGAUAUUCUGUACAGAAGAUAUUCAGGAUUGUCUUCCGGAUUGUCUAUGAUUUUAAUCAUAAUUGAUACCAGAGUGAGGGUGGAAGGAAAUAUACUCUUGUCUCUACUACCUUGCAUUUGGUGGGAUGGGAUAAACGUCUUCUUUUAAACAUCAGAACUCUAUUACUUUGUUUGUAUUGAUACAAUUUCAGGCACGCCGCUAUUGUUAAUUUCAUACAGUAACACCUUUUUACAUGUUAAUUGAAAACUGAUCCAAUAGCAGAAAACCAACCCGGUAUGAUCCCCUCUCUCACAUGGAACAAAUUCACAUGUCUCAGUCGAAAACGUGGUGCUUUCCACCAUGCAAACCUACAAGGAACUUAUUUACAUUUCUUGUUUUCAGGCCAAGUCAAAGAAACCGCAUGUCGCUCAAAAGGGGUGGAUAACAGCAACAAACAGAGUAUCAAAUAAUCGCAAGUCUAGUGUCACUCCAGUUAUUGUAAACGAUUCAGUGGUAACCCCAUUGAAUGUUAUUUCUGCUGGGGAUGCCUUAUACCGAGAGAAAGCUUCAGCGAGCCCGGACUUAAGUGACAGUAAGCCUCCUAGUCCUCCCCCUUCAGUAUGGAAAGUACCAGAGUAUGUACCACCACGAUGGAAUCCCGACAAACAUAACGACCAAUUAAAAGGUAACCGUCACUUCCGAUUGAACAAUGACGUCAUAUUAGAACAGCGAAAAAGACCAAGUACACCCUUCAAUCAAUUACGUAAUCCGGUUGUUUCCACAUCAGUGAAAUUAAAGAAUCAGUACAUGAAUCAACACAUGACAAAAAGUAGUCAUACCCUCAAAGAUUCCGACCCAAACCUCCUGACUGAUGUCCCCCUCAAGUUCUCGGAGAAGCCUGACAAUCGGGCGCAAGCUGCGGCGUCAAGCCCGUACUCAAAUAUUACUGGCUUACCCAGCUUUUUCAAAUCCUCAAGGGAAGCAAAUGGUCGAGAAAUACCACAGAAGACCUACUCGUUGUUUGGACCGGAAGAGCCGAAUCGUGUGUUAUUUCCACCAAUUUUUCAGAACAAUAUUCAUGUUUCAUAA